CCUCAGAGCUGCUUAAACAGAGAUGCAGCAUGCGUUUAGUGGACGACUUGUAAGAUACAGAACAACGAGCGAAUACAAUGAAGACGCUGCAGAUGGUUUCUAUUUGGCAGAAUAUCCAAAUCGCUUACCAAGAGAUUCUGGAAAAUGGAGGUGAUGUGUCAUUACUUUCCUAACAAGUUGAACAUCAAUGUCCUUCACAAACAUGUUCAUUUUCGCUGUCUUUGUCACUGUUCAGACAAGAGGACAGAAAACUGGCCUUUGGUCUACUCCCCAGUACCACUCGGCUGCAUCUUCCUCUGCUACCUGAUCAUGAUACGGGUCGGACCGAGGCUGAUGGCAGAGAGGCAGCCGGUCAACCUGAAGAUGGUUUUGAUAGUUUACAACUUCACCAUGGUGUGUUUGUCUGCGUACAUGUUUUAUGAGUUCACAGCUUCUUCCUGGUUGGAAAGAUACAGCCUCCUGUGUCAGCCAGUCGACUACAGUGAAUCUCCACUGGCCAUGAGGAUGGCCCGAGUGUGUUGGUGGUUUUAUGUCUCCAAGGUUAUAGAGCUCAGCGACACUAUCUUUUUCAUUCUAAGGAAAAAGAACAAUCAGCUGACCUUCUUGCAUGUCUACCACCACGCCACAAUGAUUUUCAACUGGUGGGUCGGAGUGAAAUAUGUGGCGGGCGGCCAGUCUUUCCUGAUUGGCUUGAUCAACUCCCUUGUUCAUGUUGUGAUGUAUCUUUACUAUGGACUGGCGGCUUUGGGACCACAUAUGAUGAAAUACCUCUGGUGGAAGCGAUACCUGACCAUCCUUCAACUGGUGCAGUUUUUUAUCGUCACCAUCCACACGUCAUACAACCUCUAUGCUGACUGUGACUUCCCUGAUGCCAUGAACAUGGUGGUUUUAGCCUACUCCCUCAGCCUCAUCAUCCUCUUUGCCAAUUUCUACUACCAAAGCUACCUCCAUGCCACGACCAAGAAAAAGUAGUAAAUUCAAAAGAACUAAAUAAAGGACUCUUCAAAAUGUCUACCACUGUUUCUCCUCCCAAAGGAUAUGUGACACACAACCUGCUAUACAGUUCUGUCAGUGAAGAUUAUUUAGAGGAUGAUGUAUAUGGUGUAUUUGUGCAUUGUUAUUUACAUCAC